UUUGUCUUUAUUGAAAAUGGGCACUAUCAAGAAUAACAAAGAUAUCGCCUGUUACUUCAUCACGAAGCAUUCAUGGAAGGGAAAAUACAAAAGAAUUUUCUCAGUUGGAACAAUGGGAAUAACAACCUACAAUCCACAAACUUUGGAAGUUACAAAUCAGUGGCCGUACUCAGAGUUUGUGAGUAUUGUUCCGAAUGUCAAAGCACCAGGUAACAAUGAGUUUAUCAUAACUAUGAGGAAAGGUCCAAAGAAGACGGAAUCCAUGAAAUUUUCAACAGAUCAUCGUUCAGAUUUACUAACUGAAGCUUUGAGAUUCAGGAAUCAGUUUGCUGAAGUGAAUAACACAACAAAAAGAUUCAAUGCUUUCAAACAACACUGGUCAGACAAUCGGGUACCAAUUAUUCUGGAGGUCAAUCAGGGGUCAGUGGACCAAGUUGACCCAGCUACAAACAAAGUUUUGUGUUCAUAUGACUACAAAGAUAUGGAGGGCAUCACACAUAUAUCAGAUUAUCCUGGGGGUAUUGCAAUCAUUCAUGGAGGAUUUAGUCGUCUUCAUUUAUUUGCCUGUGAACAAAAAGAGAGCUUAAUAAAAUGUAUAAUGGAGAGUGCAGCAGCCUUUGUUGGGAUAGCAGUAAAACAGAGGAAAGACCCAAUCUCUUAUGAACAGUUUUUGAGCCACAGAAUGGGAAAAUAUAGCACUGAUGAAGCCCUAACAUCCUAUGCUGAGUUCACAGUUCAGAAGAUUUCCCCACGACACUCGGACCCAACUAGACGGACCAUGUGUCUUACAGAGACAUGCUUAGUGGAGCGCGACCCGGCCACAUAUAACGUUGUCACAUGUAAACCUUUAUGUGAUAUAUUUGCAAUAAUACGAGACCAAGAAAACCCACAGAAGUUCAGUGUAGAGUAUGUUAAAGGCGCAAUAAGGACCUAUCAGUCAACAGACAGGGAUGCUUUGAUUGCAUCUGUUCUGGAUGGAGUGAGGGCCUCUGGAAACAGGGAUGUCUGUGUGAAGAUGAUAUUUACGUCUCGCGGAGAUCGCCUUGGUCCUUUCACUGUUCCAGUGGAUGAAGAAGUGGAGAGUCAGCUAUUGAAAUUCAUUCAGCAGCCACCAGUUGGAAUGACAUUUGAGCAGUGUGUCUCCAGAUUCAACAGCAAUAUAUCAUAUAGUGGACUUCUCCAUGCUGUCACACAAGAUGGUCUUUUUGCUGAAAACAAAGAAAAAUUGAUCAAUGGGGCUCUGCUGGGGUUACUGGAGAGAGAAGGAGACCAGAAUGUGAUCUCGGUAGAAAAUCUGGAGGCACAGUUUCAUGCCCUCAGGCGACUUGUGGCUUCCAAGGCUGGCUUCCAGGCUUUUACUGCAUUACCCAAAAUGAGAGAAAAAGUUGGGCUAAAGGUUGUUAAAGCUCUUAAGAGGAAAGACCAUGGCGUGACCCAUGCAGCUAUAGAUGUUCUCUGUGCUUUGAUGCAGCCCAUGCAUGAUGAUUAUGACCUCCGACAAGAACAAAUGAACAAAUUGUCCCUCCUCUCCUCCAAGAAAUUCCUGGAGACUUUGUUAGAGACAUUUAAUGACCAUGUUAUACACAGCACAGGAGCAUUAGUGAUAUCAGCCAUGUUAGACUUCUUAACUUUCUCUUUGUGUGCACCAUACAGUGAAACCACAGAUGGGAGCCAUUUUGACACUCUGCUGGAAAUGGUGGCAGCUAAUGGAAGGAUUGUUUUCAAGUUGUUUCAGCAUCCCUCAAUGGCGGUGGUAAAAGGAGCUGGGCUUGUUAUGAAGGCCAUCAUUGAGGAGGGGGAUCAGGAGGUAGCAGCAAAGAUGCAGGACCUGGCCCUUUCUGAGGGGGCACUACCCAAGCACCUACACACCGCCAUGUUUACCGCCAGCUCAGACAACAGAAUGCUGACAAUCAGGCAGCUAAGUCGACAUCUUGUUGGUUUGUGGGUCACUGGACAUCCCACUGCCAUGGGCCUUCUGAGGCGCAUUUUGCCUAGUGGACUCUUGUCAUACCUGGAUUCUGAUGCAGAAGUACCUGCCCAUGAGGAUGACAAGCUUCAUGUCAGAGACAACGUCAAACUAGCUCAAGAUAUUCAGAAUAGAAACAGAAGAAACCCUAAUCUAGUCAUGAUAGAGAAGAAGGUGGACGAACUUCUGCAGCAUUGGAGGGCAAAGAUAGGAUUAGAGAAAAAUAAACAACAAAAUGAUUUAAAACCAGUGACGUUAAGAAAACGCAGACAGAGGAUAAAGAGUGAGGCUAACUGGUCCCUAUUCUACUAUCAGUUUGGCAGAGAUCAUUCAAAACCUAACUUACUGUGGAAUUAUAAGACAAGGGAAGAGUUACGGGAAGCCCUUGAGAAUGAGAUGAGGGCAUUUAAUGUGGACAGAGAACUCGGGGCAAACUGUGUGGUGGGCUGGAACCACCAGGAGUUUGAGGUUCCGUACGUCUGUCUGAAUGAUGAAAUAAAAAUAGGUGACUAUUAUCUGAGGCUUCUACUGGAAGAAGGAGAAAAUGAAACAGAGGAAACUAGUGCAAUUAAAAAAUCAUAUGAAUUCUUUAAUGACUUGUAUCACCGCUUCUUGCUAACUCCCAAAAUUCCAAUGAAAUGCAUGUGUCUGCAGGCCAUGACUAUUGUUUAUGGGAAAUGUCAUGAGGAGAUUGGAGCUUUUAAUGACACCAGAUAUAUUGUAGGCAUGCUAGAGAGGUGUACAGAUAAACUGGAGAGGGAUAGACUGGUUCUCUUUCUCAACAAACUUAUUUUACAUCAGAAAAAUGUCAAAGAAAUUAUGGAUGCCAAUGGAAUUAAAGUUUUAGUGGAUUUGGUAACACUAGCACACCUCCAUACAACCAGAGCUACAGUUCCACUACAGAGUAAUGUUAUUGAGGGAUCCCCGGACAUGAAGAGAGACAGUGAGAAGGAAUGGUAUUAUGGUAACAAGGAUAAGGAGAGACUGGGACCAUUCUCUUACGAAGAGCUGAAGGAACUAUGGAAGGAGGGGGAAAUUCAUGCUAAAACCAGGUGCUGGGCACAAGGAAUGGAUGGGUGGCGCCCCCUUCAGUCAGUUCCACAGCUCAAGUGGACACUACUGGCCACCAGUCAACCAGUGAUGAAUGAAAGUGAACUGGCUAGUCUCAUACUCAAUAUGUUAGUACAAAUGACUGAGUACUAUCCAAGCCGGGAUACUGAUGGUGCAAUAAUUCGUCCACUGCCAAAAGUAAAGAGAAUAUUAUCAGAUCCAAUGUGUCUCCCACAUGUAGUGCAGCUGCUUUUAACCUUUGACCCAACCUUAGUGGAGAAGGUCGCUCGUCUUCUGUUCCUGAUAAUGAUGGAUAACCCCAACAUUUCUCGCCUCUAUCUGACUGGGGUUUUCUUCUUCAUCAUGAUGUACACAGGAUCUAAUGUGUUACCUAUUGCCCGAUUCCUGAAAUACACGCACAUGAACCAGGCUUUCAGAUCAGAAGAGAACUUUGGCUCGGACAUCGUGAGUAGGAGUGUCCUAGGACAUCUCCUGCCAGAAGCCAUGGUGUGUUAUCUGGAAAACUAUUCACCAGAAAAAUUUGCAGAAAUUUUCCUUGGGGAGUUUGACACACCAGAAGCCAUAUGGAAUGCAGAGAUGAGACGAGUGAUGAUUGAGAAGAUUGCCUCACACAUCUCUGACUUUUCCCCGAGACUACAGAGUAACACAAGAGCAUUAUACCAAUACUGUCCCAUUCCAGUGGUUAAUUAUCCACAACUUGAACAUGAACUGUUUUGUAAUAUGUAUUAUCUUAAGCAUCUCUGUGAUACCCAGAAAUUCCCUGAUUGGCCAAUCAAGGACCCGAUCAAAUUGCUGAAAGAGAUUUUAGAAGCAUGGAAGAAAGAAGUAGAAAAGAAACCUCCUUCAAUGUCUAUAGAGGAAGCCUAUGAGACAUUACUACUUAAGAAAGGAGUGGGCGGACAUGAAGAAGCAAAAAUUAGGAAAGCUUACUUUAAACUGGCUCAAAAAUAUCAUCCUGAUAAAAACCCAGAGGGAAGGGAAAUUUUUGAAAAAGUGAACAAAGCAUAUGAAUUCCUGUGCAGCAAGUCUAGACUAGUGGAGGGACCAGAUCCACAGAAUAUUGUAUUAAUCCUCAAAGCUCAGUCCAUACUCUUCAACAGAUACAAAGCAGAGCUUGAGCCAUAUAAAUAUGCUGGUUAUCCCAUGUUAAUUAAAACCAUACGUAUGGAGACAAAUGAUGACGCCUUGUUCUCUAAGUCUGCCCCAUUACUCUCGGCGGCUGCAGAACUCUGUUACCAUACCGUCAACUGCUCAGCAUUAAAUGCAGAGGAGCUCCGAAGGGAAAAUGGAAUACAGACACUACAAGAAGCGUUUGCCAGGUGUAUCAAUGUACUAAGUAUGAUGAGUAAACCUGAAGAUGUGGCGGUACAGGUGUGUUCUCACAUUGUUAAGUGCUAUGCUGUGGCCUCACAGUUCGAGGGCUGCAGAGAAAAGAUCCAAGAAAUUCCAGCAAUAGUUAGAGACAUCAGUCGUAUCCUUUAUUAUAAGAACCUUCCCAAACUGUGUUCUGUGGUAGCCGAGUGUGUCAGUGCUUUCUCUGUAGACUUCUGGUUACAAACCAAUCUCUUCCAAUCAGGAGUUUUGUGGCACCUGUUAUUGUACCUGUUUAAUUAUGAUUAUACACUGGAAGAAGGAGGGGUAGAGAAAAGUGGAGAAUCAAAUCAACAGGAAGUAGCUAAUAACUUGGCUCGCCUCUGUGUCAGAGCUUGUGCCAGGUUAGGAGGUUAUUUUCCGGAGGGGUCUGAGCUGUCCACUCCAGAAAAUGUCCCUGUCAAGAAGUCCCUCCAUGCCUUGUUGACACCAUUCUUAGCAAGGAAACUCUCUAAUGAAAAUCCAAAUGAGUUGCUGAAGCUGUUGAACAGUAAUUCAGAGAACCCAUACUUGAUUUGGGACAAUGCCACUCGAGCACAGCUGACUGAAUAUCUAGGUGACCAACAGCAGCAGGUUAUCAAAACCGGUGAAUGUGACAAACAUUAUGGAUCAGAAUUUGUGUUUGAAAUCCAUGCCAAAGAACUGAUUGUAGGAGAAAUAUAUGUUCGCAUUUACAAUGAACAGCCAACAUAUACUCUUGAGAAUCCCAAAGGAUUUACAAUUGACCUUCUGGACUACAUGGGAUCCCAGGCCCAGUAUCUACAUUCUCUGAUGAUGUUAAACCAAAGUAAUGCCAAGCAGGCAGCCCAGGGCUCCAGACUGAAGAAUGUAGAGAUGGCUUUAGAGGGUCUACGUAACGUCAUCAAAAACAACCCAGGAGUGGAGAUCCAGUGUAUAGGACAUUUCAAGUUACUUUUCUGUCUGCUAAGACUAGAUGACUGUGCCAAACUGCAGCAGUAUGCUUUAGAAGUCAUCAAUAGUGUAACAACCAAUCAGGAGUGUGUCAAUGAUAUAGCAGCCUCUGAGGUACUAGCCUACCUACUAAUGGCCAUCGCAAUGCUCCCAAGUUGUCAGUUACUGACUUUAGAGAGUUUAUUUUCCCUGAUGUCCAGUACCAAGAUAGUGAAGGAGGCCCUGGCGAAGGGUGCACCUAUUUAUCUCCUGGACUUGUUUGCUAAUGCCACCAAUCCCAAUGUCAGAGAAAAGACUGCUGAACUGAUGGCCAAAAUGUUGUCAGACAAACUAGUGGGACCAAAAGUUAGGAUCAUUCUGUCCAAAUUCUUGCCAGUCAUUUUCAUGGAUGCCAUGAGGGAUUCACCAGAAGCCAGUGUUCACAUGUUUGAAGGGACCCAUGAGAACCCUGAAUUGAUAUGGAAUGAUGAGUCAAGAGAAAAGGUGUCAGAUACUGUAAAGAAACUAAAAGACAGCCAUUACAAAGCCCAGAGGGAGAAUCCUGACACAAGAUGGGGAUUGAAUGAAGAUUUCAAUGUGGUCUACUCUGAUGUCCAGGGAGAACUGACCAUAGGAGGGGUAUUCCUGAGGCUAUUUAUAGCUAACCCUGGCUGGGUGCUAAGGAAGCCCAAGGAAUUCCUGACAGAGCUUAUGGAGAAGUGGACACACCUCAUCAGUAUGCAGAACACAGAUAAUGAAACCUUGGAGACUGUAACAACAGGUGUGGUGUGUUUAUUUUCCUCUCAGCCAGCAUUACUAGACCAGGUUCCCUCCCUUGGGUACAUUCCCAAAAUCUUCCAAGCAAUGAGUAGUCGUAACAAUGCUGUUCCUAAGGCUGCUAUACAAGUUGUUCACCAGCUCGCCAGUAAUGAGAUUUGCAUCAGAAGUAUGGCCCAGGUGGAAUGUAUCAGUGCUAUGAUGGUAGGAAUGAAAGCCAGAAGGGACCAAAUAGCCCUGGCAGCAGAGGCCCUGUACAAGAUGUUUGACAAAGGGGAGGAGGAGCUUGUGUCUCAGGCCAUUAAGACUGAUCUGGUGCCAUUUCUGCUGAAGCUGUUGGAGGGAGGGCUGGAGACUUUAGAUAAACCAGCAGCAACCAAAGCACAGAUAGUCAAGGCUCUCAAGUCCAUGCAGAGGUCUUUCCAAUAUGGAGAACAGAUAACAAACAUUUUAGACAAAUCAGCUGUUUGGAGGGAAUACAAAGACCAGAAACACGAUCUAUUUAUAUCUGACACACCUAUUGCUGGCUAUCUAACUGGUCCAACGGGACCCAGUGUGGCCGGAUACCUGACCUCCGGGUCUCGCCCCACUAUCCCAGACAAACCACCACCUGUAGACAGACAUGAUGAUCUCUUGCACUGAAAUUAGAAAUGACCAGUCAAACACACCAUUAACAGUUUAUUGAUACUGCUAAAAAAAAGGGAAUCUUGUUUUUAUCAUAACAUUUUAGUGCAGGUGCUAUGUUAUUUUUGUUCUAAAAAAGACAUUGAAGGAUAGAGAGGGAUUUUAGUCUACUUUUAUUGUACAGGUUUAUGACUCAAGAAAAUUUCCUUCUUCGCUGCUUACUGUUUAUAUAUUAAUGAGCAAAGGUCUUUAUUUUGUUACUGAAAAGGAUACAUUGUGUAUUAUUAAUACCUUACACCAUAGUUUCCGUGUUUUGUUUUGUUUGUUUUUUUUACUCGUACAAAAUAAAUUCAAAUUUUGUAUUUUUGAAUGCACAAUGGCAUUCAGAAAAACUGAGAACUUAAUUGUUUAACACAGAAAUGACAUAAGUUUUUUUUAGUUAAAUAUACAAUGUAUGUAUAGAGAACAUGUUUUUAUAGUUUAUAUUUUAUUUUCUACAGUUUGCUUAGGAAGUGUUUAAUGAAAUUAAUGACUGCAACCAAUUUUCACAGUGCUACAGUGACCUUUUAAAAUAAUUGUUAAAAAAUAAAUAAUGUAUGUUCUUGAAUUGUGUUUUGUAAUAAUAACAAAUUGUCUUUUUCCAUGUAUUUAACAAAGCAGUUUUUUUUUUCUUUUGCAAAAGAUUUUUUUUUAAGUUUGCAUAGUAUAUCUAGCAUAAAUAUAUAAUUUAAACCUUUUAACCUCAGCUUUGUUUGCAAGGGUAUUACAUACAGUUGAACUUUGGUACCUCAAAAUUGAUACAUUUUAUAUUGAUAUAUUGGAUACAUGUAAAAGUGAGUAGGAAGUCCCAACCACUUUUUCUUUAUGUAUUUUAACCUCAAUAUUCCAGAAUCCUUGGAUAUCUUGAAGUUUUCACUCUACCCCUUCAAGUUCAGAAUAAUGAGUUUUGACUGUAUAUAUCUGUCAGUGCUUAUUGCUUUGUUUUGUUUUUUUAAAUGUGCUUCCCAUUUAGUUUAGGUAUAUUAUAAGAAAAUAUCGUGUGAGAACACAUCUCCAUAGAAACCAUGCUAUUACGUCAUCAUUAUGUGUGUACUGUUUAAGUACCUGUAGGUCAUAAGCAAACACAUUCAAAUGAGACUUUGUAGAAUUCUGCUUUUCCAAUCAGAAUGACAGAUUUUGGCCUCUAGAUGUUCUGUAGUGUACAUAAUUAGAAUAGAAUAUCUGGUUGCAGGUAUAUCAUUAUUAUAAUUUUUACAAUUGGGCUUGUUACAAGACUAAUAAUGUAUUUGCAAUAUCUAAUUUGAAAUGUUUAGGAUUUUCACAGUUUUAUUUUGUACUCUAUUAAUUUAGGUCGAAAUGGAAUUUUAAAAAGUAUGUAUAUAGAACAAUGAGAUUAUUAAUAGUGACAACAUUACCUGGUUAUAAAAUUUAUGGACGUGAACAUUUUGUGUAGUCACACUAUUGCAAUAGUUAUGUAAAACCAGGGUCACUAGCUAUUAUAUUUCUUCCAGCUUUGAGUUUAGUAGUUCUACAUGUAUAAUUUGUAACAGAUAAAAUAUUAUAUUGUUAUACAUCAACAGCAUUUUGUCACAAAACACCAUACAAAAGUAUGUUAUUAAAUGCUUUGUUAAUUUUUUCUAAGCAUAUAUAGGUAAGAAAUUAAGAGUAGUUAACAUUUUGAAAUUCUAGAUUAUACUGCAAUGAAAACGUUUGUUUUUUUUUCCAUGUAGGAUUGAUCAUUUUCAACCCCCUCCCUUUCCCCCAAUCCCUCAUCUAUAUAAAUAGACAAACAAAUGACAUAACAAAGGUUGGCUCAGCAAUUUUAUUCUGAGUUGUCACUUGAAACAUGUUAUCUUAAUGUCUCUAAUUUUAUCAUCUACAUUGUUAUCAGUAAAAAAUCAUCAAAUACAUGAAA